UAUUCUAUACGUUGUAUUUACGUAUUAUGAGCGCAAUGUGCCCUGUUGCUGCCGCCCACAUCGGCCAUCGGACAACUUCGACUAUCACCGGCAAGGCCGCGUUUCAUUGGUGAACGACACGUUGAAAGUAGGUUGUGACGUGACAGUGCGAGUCUAUAAGUAGAGGGUCGAAGCAAACACUGCCUUGUUUAGCGGUAGCUGUUGCUGGCGACGGUUGUGAGCGAAAAGUUGAGCGUCUGUUACGUGUGUUGUGGUGUGUAAUUGUGAGAGAAACGUUCGAAAAACAAAUCAGUCCAGUAAGAUUGACAUGGCUAGUGAGGCGCAAAGAUUAAUCGGAAUCUCCCUAACAAAAAUUGCCCAAUCGCGAUCUCAUCGUGGCGGCGUCAGCCUGCACAAGAACCUACUGGUGGCCACUGUUCUGCAAAAGGCCCGCUACAUCUUCAUGGAGGAGGCGUACAAUAUGGUACAUUACCAUGCUCCCGUGCCCAUUCAGACCAGGCCGACCCUAGCUGAGGACGACCUAGUGGGCCUCACUGCUGAAGAGGCUGGUUUGGAGUCCACCGGCCUACCAGGUGACCUGCAGGAGUCCUCGUCCAGCGGGGGCGAUAGCGCAGAUCCGGAUUUUCUGCAGCCGUCCUGCGUGAAAUGCAACGAGAGUCAACAGGACAAGGAGAACCAUCCGCCCUACUCGAGCGAGCUGACCUACUUGGACCUGGAUAAGACCUCCAACGUGCUGAGGGAGAGGAGCAACUCCACUGCCUCGCUCAAGAGGCGGCGAGCGGUGGCUGAAUGGGAAACCGAGGAGGCUGUUCAGUCCAUUCUCCCCAAGAGGAGCCGACCGGAGAACGAAGCUAGUGAACUUAGUGAUAGCAGCAGUAGCAGUGACGAUUCAGUGUUCUUGGAUGAUGCAACCAUUCUCUCGGACAUUGUGAGCAAAGAAGUCGAAGCUGAGAGAUGCCACGAGACGGCCUCCAACGCAAUGGAAAUCGACCGCAUCACGUCCUUGGUGUCGAUCUUCAGUUUCAGCAUGGGCUCAGGGGGCGACGCGCCUGGCAAGCUCAACAGGUCCAUGUCCACCCCCGAUCUGUGUUCGGCUCAAGCGAAGGAGUCCCAGGACAGUUUACAGCAAAGGCCAUUUCUUGCCAUGACAGUGUAAUAUCGAUGUGAACAACAAAUGUCGGCUGAAGCUGCCCUGGACCGUCCUUGUGCUAAUUCCAUGUGAUACUGUAAUGUUAAUUCGGACGGAUCGACCAGGGGCUUAUGAACGACCAGCUGUAUCAGUUCUUCAGUGAACCUUUGUGAUAGUGAGACAUGUUAACUAAGUAGUUAAUUGUAUUUUUGUAAAACGAAUCAAUUGAUGUGGACCAUCCAAGAUCACACACCCCAAGCUGCGCCCCUGUUGGCAAUUUAAAUACAUUCCAAAUUUAGGCAGGUAGCUGGGUCAUUUACAUUUGAAUCGAGGCUGUUGUACGGGCGCGUGAGAAAAUCCUACUGGGGUUGAUUGGGAUCAUUUCGGUCGCAUACUCUGUAUAUAUGUUUUAUACUGGCAACCUACGGUUCCGUUCUAGGAACCCCCCUUACUUUAUUCUUGUACAUAAAAUAUUAUAUAUUUGAAAUACAUUUUUUAAUAUGUU